CUCGUGUUAAUGCAGCUGCUGGUUUCCGAUCUGAGAGCUGCUGUCAGGAGGGAGGAGAUCAGCCUCUCGCUCUGACGGGGUUGGUGUGUCAGGUUUCUGAGCGGAGCACGUGUGGAUAAUGCAAACUGCAAACACUGCUGCCUGCUCCAGCCUCCGGUACAGAGCGAGUUGGGAGCAUGGGGCAGGUGGCUUGGAAGGGUUUAUUUCUAUCACUUUUUGAUUAUAAAACGGAGAAAUAUGUCAUUGCAAAGAACAAGAAGGUGGGGAUUCUCUAUCGAGUGGUGCAGCUCUCCAUUCUGGCUUACCUGGUGGGGUGGGUGUUCGUUGUCAAGAAAGGCUACCAGGACACAGACACAUCCCUCCAGAGCUCUGUCAUCACCAAGCUGAAAGGGGUAGCCUUCACCAACACCUCAGAGCUGGGGGAGAGGCUGUGGGAUGUUGCAGACUACGUCAUCCCUCCACAGGGUGAAAGUGUCUUCUUUGUCAUGACGAAUCUGAUUGUGACCCCAAACCAGAGGCAAGCCACGUGUCCUGAGGUAGGAAGAACUGAGCUCCUUGGCCCCCAGACCCCUACAAAACCGGGGAGUGCCAGCAUUCCCGACGCCCUGUGUGACAAGGACGGGGACUGCCCGGCGGGGGAAGCAGUGGUGGCUGGCAAUGGGGUUAAGACAGGCCGUUGUUUGAAAGAUGGGGACAGCAUCAAAGGGACUUGUGAGAUACUGGCCUGGUGCCCAGUGGAGAAAAGAUUCAAGCCCAAGACACCGCUUCUCGCCAGCGCAGAAAACUUCACUGUUUACAUCAAGAACUCAAUCCGCUUCCCCAAGUUUAAGUUCUCCAAGAUGAAUGUGCUGGCAACCAACGAUGAGUCCUACCUGAAGACCUGUCGCUACAGCACGGAGCAUCCCUACUGCCCCAUCUUCGUCCUGGGGAACAUCGUCCAGUGGGCUGGGAGUGACUUCCAGGAAAUGGCCUUGGAGGGUGGUGUGAUAGGAAUUCAGAUUGAAUGGAACUGUGAUCUUGAUAAAGCCCCUUCUGAAUGUAAUCCUCACUAUUCUUUUAGCCGGCUGGAUAACAAGUUUGCAGAGAAGUCCGUCUCUUCUGGUUACAAUUUCAGGUUUGCCAAAUAUUACCAGGAUUCUGAGGGCAUUGAGUACCGGAUGCUCAUUAAAGCAUAUGGAAUCCGCUUUGUCGUGAUGGUGAAUGGCAAGGCAGGGAGAUUUAACAUCAUUCCCACCAUUAUCAAUAUCGGUUCGGGGCUUGCUCUCAUGGGAGUGGGAGCUUUCUUGUGUGACCUGGUGCUGCUGUAUCUGAUUAAAAAGAGUAACUUUUAUCGAGGCAAAAAGUACGAGGAAGUAAAGUCCAGCUCCAGGAAAUCGUUAUCUAGCCCGACGCUGAAUGGGAAUCAGAGCCCCGACCAGCUCGACAGGCUCUAGGCACCGCAGUGGGUCUGCCAGCUGGACUCAUGUUCCGGGAAAACCACGCAGGUCUGAAAUCACACCAGGACUGGGAGGUGGAGAGACCCCAGAUCAGAUCUGCUGUCUGUUAUCGGGAUUCCCAGAGGGAAAAAAAGCCCUUUAAAGAACUCCCUUCUUUCCCCAAGAUGUUCUCUGGUAUCCUGAGCUUGCGACAGUGUGUCGUCACUAUGGAUUCAUAAAAGGAUUUUAUAAAAGGAAAAAGAAGGCACUAAAUGAAUGUUUUUAUAUUUAUUGAUAUAUCUGUACCUACGUCAAUUAGCUGACAUUAUCCUGUGGCUGUGCUUUGCUUCCAUGUGCGGAAGAGCCGUGAUGUGAAACACCACUGGUGCUUUGAGGAGGGCUGAGAUUCAACCUGUCUCCUGCUCCACUGGUUUGUGGCCACAGCUUCCAGCUCUCACUUGUGUUACUUGCAAGAUUAGCUGUAAAGCAGCAGGACUGCUCCUGUCAGGAAGUGCAAUGUAAAGCAGCAUUUCAGCAGCUCUCAGAGCCCAGGGAAAAGGGGACGAUUACGCUACAACGCCCGUGCUGGCUGGGCCCGCGUCACAGUGGGGGAGAUUACUCUUAUUGCUCUGUGUGUCUGUAACCAUUAGGGCUAGAAAUGGUGCUCCUCCAGGAAAAACCUUCGCAGCAGCUGCAACAAGGUGCUCUGCUCAUCUCAGGAACAGCAGGAGAAGGUCCUGCUGCAGCUCUGAACAGAGAAUUGGCUCAGCCGUGGCUGGGGCUGCGCUACCUCACCUGCUACCCACUGUCUCCUUUUGUAGCUGGCCCAGAGAACCGGCAUUUGAGAGCACAGACCAGGUAACAGCAGGCAGAGGAGCGUUUUGAAGCAAGGCAGGGACAGAGGGGUUUGUCGGCAGUGAAGGGGAAGGGGUUAGCGCGCUGGGAAGUGGCACUGGAGUAUCUGCACGGAGAUGGUCGUGGGUUCUGCCCCCUUGUUCAGUGGCUGGGUUCAUUUGCUCGGGAUUGUCCUCUCCACAUCCGUUACUGAUGGCUCAUGGUGGGGAGAGAUCUGGAAGGGGCCUUAAUGCUUCUGCUGGUUUUUGUAGUACCCUGAACUGUACCGCAGAGACUGAAAAGUGGAGCUCUGUCAGGUAAAACAGGUUUUGCCAGGUUCUUCCAAGUACACCAACAGGAGGAAAAAUUAGCGGGCAGAUGUCCACUAUUUCAACGCUCUGGUAACUUCCAAGAACUACCAGUGCUUCGUUUCUCAAUAGAGAAAUGUCUCAUUGCAGCCCACUUUGUGACGUUAUGCUCAUGUGGGGAUGUAACUAAUCUCAGAAAAGUGCUUAUAGAAUAUUAUCAUUUACUUCUAAAGUUUGCAUUUGCCUAAGCUGACAGGAAUUGACGCGCCAGUGAAUUCCUGCCUCAUUUAAAGCUUCCACACUGUAGCUUGGUGCAAACUGAUCAGUGGGCUGUAAAUGCUGCCUGGUCGCCCUCGAUCAGGAGUCAUGAUGACAAAGAUCAAGUGUUUCUGUGCACUUUGAAUAUUGUGAUUUAAAGGACUCCUGCUGCAGCAUCCCUGUGUACUGCUGGGACAGCUGUAGAGAGUGGCGUUACAGGGAGCUGCAGUCAUCGAGUGGCACACACACAUGGAAGCAGCAAGCUGUACUCACCUUUGCUUUAACUUCUUUAACGUGGUUACUCCGAGGUACAUGUUGAUGAUUCUAAAUUAAACCUCGCCUUUGUCAGCAGUAGCAAACUCUGAGUCCAGUCACUGAUAGCAAACCCCACCCAGUCUCGUCCACUCCCUCUGCUUCUGUUCAGAUGCAAAUAAUUACUGAGUCAAGCAUUUAACGAGAAAACAGAAUUAAAGAGUGGAUUUAAAAUAAUUUAGGAUAAGCUGUGUACCUCUGAUGCUAUAAUCGCAUCCAAAGCCUCCUCUCUUUGGGCCAGCAGUCUCCCCUCUGGGCAAACAGGAGUCAUCACGUAGCUGCGCUAGUCAGGCCUAUUAGAGUUACCCUGCCAAGAAAAUGGCAUGGGCUUUUCACUGUCAGAUCUUAAUUCUAGUUGAGUAAUUUCUAGAUGGUGAAACACAUGGUGAACCCCACAUGUGACAGCAGGCCAAGGCACAACUCACGGAGACCAAGUAGCUCAUUGUAACAUGUAAAGCUGACCAUGAGCUACUGAAACCAAUACUUCAACUUGACAAACCAUCCUCUUGUUAGAUGACCAAAGCUAUUUCCUGAAUUUAAGUCUUCAGGGGCUGCAGGCCCCCAAAAGUCCCUAGAAUAUUUCCCUUCUUUAUACCUCCUGCUUGACGCAAUUCCCAAAACCAUUCCUGUUGAUAAAACAUAACCAGAUUCCUUCUCAGGAGCUUGUUUCUUUAAUUUUUUUUUUCCUUGUAUUUAAUGUUUGGCAAUAAAAUUUGUCACUUUAGGGCAA